AUGACCAACAACCUUCUUGAGAGAGAUCUUGAAGAUGUAGCUGAAAGACUGACCGAGGCAGUCAACAUGAACCAGCAGCUGAAUGAGAAACUACUUGAAAGUACAGCUGGGUUUAAUGAGAACCAACAGAUGAUUGAUGAUCUUAAUGCUGCUUUGGAAUCUGAAAGAGCUGCAAUCAAGGAGCUUGAAGAGAAUGCACGAACCCUUGAAGAGGAAAAAGARAGAGCUCAAAAUGACUUGAGGAAACUAGUUGAGGGUGAGAAGAAACUGAAAGCACUGGCAGAAGAACUGAACAAGAGAAACAAAUCCUUUGAAGAUGUAAAAGAAAGAGCAAGGAAACUGGAAAAACUGAACAGAGAACUUAAAAACCAACUCCAUGAAACUGAGAGACAGCAGCACUUGAGCUCCAGAAACUCUCUCGAAAAUUCCCCCGAAAUACAGUUAAAGAACAAAACAAGAAUAGAAGACUUGGAGAAAAGUCUUGCUGCAGCAAGAGAGUCUGCCCAYACAGCAAAAAUGAAAUGGUACCAGGGACUGGCCAAAAAAUUAAGARAAAUGUCUGAACAACAUUCUAACAAUUUAGACAACUUGGAAAAGAGAUACAAG